ACAGGGUGCAACGUGACCAAGUUCACCAAGCUGCACUGCUUCCCCCUGCUGGAGACAGCGCUCUUCUUUCUCAUGUCCUGGAGCACAUUUCUCUUGGCUGAAGCCUGUGGCUUUACAGGUGUUGUAGCUGUUCUUUUCUGUGGAAUCACACAAGCUCAUUAUACCUACAAUAAUCUGUCAGUGGAAUCAAGAAGUCGAACCAAGCAGCUCUUUGAGGUGUUACACUUCCUGGCAGAGAACUUCAUCUUCUCCUACAUGGGCCUGGCACUGUUUACCUUCCAGAAGCAUGUUUUCAGCCCCAUUUUCAUCAUUGGCGCUUUUGUUGCCAUCUUCCUGGGCAGAGCUGCGCAUAUCUACCCACUCUCCUUCUUCCUCAACUUGGGCAGAAGGCAUAAGAUUGGCUGGAAUUUUCAACACAUGAUGAUGUUUUCAGGCCUCAGGGGAGCAAUGGCAUUUGCCUUGGCUAUUCGCGACACAGCAUCCUAUGCUCGCCAGAUGAUGUUCACGACCACCCUUCUCAUUGUCUUCUUCACUGUCUGGAUUAUUGGUGGAGGCACAACACCCAUGUUGUCAUGGCUUAAUAUAAGAGUUGGUGUGGAGGAGCCCUCUGAAGAGGACCAGAAUGAACACUGCUGGCGGUACUUCAGAGUUGGUGUUGACCCAGAUCAAGACCCACCACCCAACAAUGACAGCUUUCAAGUCUUACAAGGGGAUGGCCCAGAUUCUGCUGGUGGAAACCGAACAAAGCAGGAGAGUGCAUGGAUAUUCAGGCUGUGGUACAGCUUUGACCACAAGUAUCCUUUUAAGCAGCAUCCUGUGUUUGAGAAACAUUG